CAAUAAGAGCGUAAAGCGCCAAGCGGAAACAUGGCGGAAACAGAAAGCAGGAGCAAGACAAGUUAAACCAGAACUGUUUCUGGAACCAAAACCUUCUCUGACCCAGAAUCGUCUCGGAACCGGGACCUCCAGUCCAGACAUCAUGUCCCUCCAGGCUCGCCGUGGGUCGCAGAAACGGCCGUUCUGCUCCCUCCUCGCUGGGCACGGCUUGAAGAAGCCAAAGCCUGAUGAUGGGGAGCGGCUGCAGGAGGCCGCGGUCCAGCUGCUGGAGCAGAACCAGAACCUCUACAGCCUGUUUCAGGAGCUGCAGAACCCUGAUCCAUGUGGCAUGAUCUGCUUCCAGAACAUGGAGCAGAACCGAAACCCGGAGCAGAACCAGGCAGCGUCUGAUGCUGACCCUUUGAAUGUUGCAGGACUGCUAGUGGGGAGUGAACUGCGGCGUCAGGCCGACCGACGGGGCGUCUCUGUCGGAGCCGUCUCUGUGAAGACGAUGUUGGACAGACUGGAGGAGAUCGCUGGGAGACGGGAGGACAAACUGAGGCAGAUGUUCACGUCUUCUCAGAGAGUCCAGUUGCAGGUUCUGUUGGAGGCCAGCAAACUGCUGCUUUGCCAAGGAGUUUUUUGCCCCAGGCUGUUGUGGGCGGAGUACCGAAGAGAUCAGAAGCAUCCUGACCUGGAGCUGCUGUACUUUCUUCACCUUUACAACAUCCUCACUCUGGACUACAUCAUAGAAAGUGAUGACGCCGUUGCAUCAUGGCUGCCCGGUCAAUUAAAGGCUCUUUGCUGCUGGACGCCUCCACAGGAGGAAGAGGAGACCAGACAAGUUCAACAGGAAGUUUUAUCCACCGUGGUUGGAGUCCUGGUGGCAUCGCCGAGGAGUUCAGUGCUGGACGAGCUGCUUCACUGGUUUCUGGACAUCGAGGAAGAGCGCGAUGAAGCAGCAGAGCGAUGGAUUCAGACUCUUGAUGCUUCGCUGUGUGGAGGUUCGGUGUCACCAGAAGCUCUUCAGCGGUUCUUUGCUCACUGCCUGACUCAGAUUUUCACCUGGAAUCCUCAACUGACAGUGUCAGACGCUGUGACCUCGCAGAACGACUGGACUGUUGCUAAAGCCGGCCGCUGUCUGACCUCGCUUUGCUGCAAGCUGGCUGUGAUCUUCAGUGUGGAGCAGCUGCUGCAUCACCUGCAGCAGGUUCUGGAAACGCACGAGGUCAACUGGAAACACGUCUUGGUCUUUGUCUCCACUCUGCUGGUUUACGACCAGUCGGCCCAGUCCAGCCUCAGCGAGUUGUUGUGCCGCCUGCUGAGCUCGGCAUUCGGAGGCUACGAUCUGGAGAAGCUGAUCACCGCCUUCCUGCUGGCCCGGCAGGGGGCGCUAGAGGGCGCCGGCGUGUUUCCAUCCUACACCGACUGGUUCAAGAUGUCGUUUGGCGGGCGCUCCGGUUUUCACGCUGGCAGCAAGAAGUCUCUGGUGUUCCUGCUGAAGUUCCUCUCUGACCUCGUGCCCUUUGAACCUCCUCAGUACUUAAAGGUUCAUAUUCUUCACCCUCCGUUUGUGCCUCCAAAACUCCGCAGCCUCCUGAUGGAGUACGUCACGCUGGCGAAGACCCGGCUGGCCGACCUGCAGGAGUCGGUGGAGGACAUGGGUUUGUAUGAAGAUGUUUCUGCUGCUGGUGCUUCACUUCAGAGCCAGGCUGCACAGGACGUGGAGAAAGCUGUGUGUCUGUUUGAGAGCAGCGGCAGGAUCCCUGCAACAGUCAUGGAGGCCAGCAUUUUCCGGAGGCCCUACUUUCUAACGAGGUUCCUUCCUGUGCUGCUGAAGCCCAGAGCGUUUCCUCUCAAAGCCGAUGCUCAGAUGAACUUCAUUGAAGCUCUGAAACAAGCAGAGAAGAUCCCAGCUGCCCAGUAUUCCCAGUAUGUGGAGUCCUGUCAGAAGCAAAGGCAGCAGAGCGGAAGCCCUCGGCGAUCCGGAGCCCCGCUGGCCGUUCUGCAGGAACAACUGCAGGAAUUCACCAAACUGCUGGCAGCAGGACGGGACCCAGAGUCGUUGGCCCAGCUGUCCAGGAUUUCUCACACCCUGAGUGUCGUCUGUCCCGGUUCUGAUGACCCGGUUGGACCGGCUGCCGCCUCCUCGCUGCCCGAGCUCCAUCUGAAGGUGGUUGAUUUAAUUCUGCAAAGUUUCUGUCAGAGUCUGCUGGUCGCUUCCAGAGGAAAUCCUCCCAACAGACAGAAUUUGUGGGGCAGCAGGUUCGUCUGCAUGCUGCUCGAUAACAGGCAGCUUCUCUCCAGUGUAAUCCACAGACUGAAGGAUCUGUUUCACCAACAGGCAGCUUCUCUGAAACCGGCUCACAUCCUGGGCCUGGCAGCCUUCAUCAGCCACUUGCAGGCAGCCCAGCCGGGUCCGGCUCUGGUAGAAGAGGCCCUGGGAUCGGCUGUGUUGACCGGCAGUCGGACCAGCAUGCUGUUCUCUGUCAGGCUGGCUGUGGCUGCUGUGUCCUAUGGACUCUGCAGAGGACACUCUGCAUCUCCGCAGCGACUGCAGGACUUUGUUCCCAGGAGCCUCUAUAAAAAGCUCCUGUAUCUGGUCCCAAGGCUGUUCCCUGAGGCCAGGAUACGUCCAGAGGGACAGGGGGGGGACGGUCCAACAGGUGGCCAUCUUGGGGAUGGUCCGGCUCUGCUGUGGAGCUUCACUGAUGGAACCAGCUGGAUAAAGACGGUGUUGCAUCUGUGGAGACACGCUUCUUUCCAGCAGCUGCAGCAACUGCAGCUGUACCAGUUGUGUUUUUCAGAGUGGCUGCAUGAAGAGCUGAGAGUCCAGAGAAACUCCGAUGUUUUGUCAGACGCAGAGCGGCAGGAGUACCAGCAGUGGGCCUGCUGGGAGCUUUAUCUGCCCCGGCCAGAGGAGCAGGGAGGCUGCGGCGGCGACCCCAGGGCGCUCUGCUCCCAUCUGCUGACCGCCGUCAUGGAGCCGCCGUCCAGUAGGGAGAUGAACCUGGAAAACCUGGACUUUUCUCCAGGAUUGUCUGGAACUGGAACCUGUUUGCCGGACCUGCUGUCCAGAUUACAGGAGCUGGUCUACGAGGCAGAGGUCGGUGAACUCAGGGGUCGCCGGGGAGGGCUGGGGGACUUCCUGCUGCAGGUCGUGUCUGAGAAAUGCUCCCCCUCCUCUGGCAGCAUCUCCUCCAGGCUCAGCCUGGAGAGAACCAUGGAGGCCUGGAACAGGGUGCUCCUGGCUCUGCCACCCGUGAUGUUCUUCAAAAUAAAGGCUGUAGCAGGGCGGAGCGUUGUAGACUGUAGCCAGCUGCUGCAGCACAUCACACAUCUUCAGAGGAAGGCGUGUCCUCCAGCCGGCGUGCUGCCCUGCGUGGUGACAGUUCAUCUCUUGAAGGGCCUGCUCUUUGCUGCAGGACAUUGUGGACGUCCAGCAGCAGAAGUGGACCGGGUCUGGUCCCUGAUGAGCGCCUCCUGUCCUCUCCUCCUCGUCUCUGCAGUGCGUUGGUGGCAGCAGAUUUCUCCGGUUCUGGCUUCACUCUGGACCCGCCUCCAGGAUGGAGAACCUUUUCCAGAGCAGCUGCAGCUUCUCUCAGCCUGCCGACUCUGGGCCUGCAGUCUGAGAGCAGAUCCGGUUCUGGUCCAGAUCCCUCCAGGUCCGGUUCUGGUCCAAGCUGCCAGCCUGCAUGGCGCCUUCAGAAGCGGGGCGGAACACCAGCAGAACUUCAGAGAGGUUCUGGACAGACUGAGAGAGGUUGAGAACCAGCAGGUUCUGGUUUCUCUGCUCUUUCUUUUUGUGAUGGACUUCCUGUCAGAACUCCUGGAUCCUCAGGAGAAAAGUUCUGAAAGGUCCAAAUGGUUCUGCUCAGAACUUCUGGCGGUUCUGGUGAACUCAGCUGAUUGGCUGCUGCUCUUCAGGUCCAACGAACCGGACCUGGAACCGGACCCGGUCACCCUGAUGGUCUCAGAUGAUUGCAGCCGGUUGAUGCCCUGGGCGAUCUGCAGUUUGCUGCAGCAGCAAAGCGCCGCCUUCCACCAGAGGGCGCUGCGUGUCCCCGGGUUCCUCUACAGCACCACCCUGUGGUACCUGGCAGCGCUGCAGCUCUUCCUGGACGGAGAAGCACCCGCCUCGGCGCGCCAGGCGGAACCGACCCGGGUUCUGGACCGCACCAAGCAGUUUGUCCUGAGUUUGAUCCGGCAGGCGCCGGCAGCGGCCCUGAGCUGCAGCCAGUGGAGACAGUUGGAGACUCGCUCUGCGGACCUGGACCCAGAACUGGCUGCAACUCUUUCACUUCACCUGGACCAUCCUAGGGUGGGCUUCCUUUAGCGGACCGGAACCAGAACCAGAACCAGCUGAUCUGAUACUGAAUGUCAGACAGUCGGUUCGGUUUCAUGAAAACUUUUUUUAUUUUCUGUUUUUUCUGCAGUAACAUGAAUCCUAAAUAAAAUAAAACCAGUUCCUC